AUGGUUCAGGUGAUGAGCUUCUUUCUUUGGGUUGUUGACAUUGUUGAUACCUUCAGGUUGCUUCAGCAACCAGCUAUGACAAAAAGCAGCUUUGUGACAUUCGUGAAGAGGUACAUAAAGUUGUUGACACCAAGAGCUUUUCAAGAAGCAUAUAUUGAGGGGGCCACCAAAUUCUUGAUCUCUAAACUCAGCGACCUCCAAUUUUUUGUGGGGAAGAGCAUGCAUGAUGAUGGGAAUAAGGAAGGUGCCACCGACCCAACAUUUAUCUACCUGGCCUAUAGUUUGAAGGAAAUAAAGUGUUAA